CAGAGCGGUCGUGUCUGGACGACUGAUAGUGUGUGCCAGUCUAGUAUAGACGACUGGUGUUGUGUAUAGAAGACUGGUUAUAGUGAAAAAUGCCUUGCAGUGAAGACGAUGAUUCUCAAAAUGGUUUUGCUGAACAGCAAAUGUCCAAGGCGGAAUUGCGAAAGACCAACAAGCCGAUCAUGGAGAAGAAGCGGCGCGCGCGCAUCAACAACUGCCUCAACGAGCUCAAAGACUUACUCAUGGAUCCUGACAAAGACCCCGCCCGGCACUCGAAGCUGGAGAAGGCGGACAUCCUCGAGCUGACCGUCAAGCACCUGCAGACGCUCCAGCGGCAGCAGCUCGCCGCCGCCAUCGCCGCCGACCCCGCCGUGCUGCACCGAUUCCGAGCCGGCUUCGGAGACUGCGCCGUCGAAGUCCGGCGGUACCUCUCCAGGCUUGCCAGUGUCCCUACAGGACUUAGACACAGACUGGGAAACCAUCUCACCUCGUGCAUAAACGGAAUAGAACGCCUACACAAACCUAAAGACUACCCAGCUUUAGUCCCCGACCCUUUAAGACUAGACGACGAAAGACCUAGCGCUUUCCACUGCGUCCGAGCUACCCGACCGACAAGCCCACCGUUAAGCCCCCUCUCAUGCGACUCAGCCUGCGAUUCCUCCACUGAACUCGAAACCCCACCGCGACCAGUACAAAAAUUCCCCUUCCCAACACCACCCAGCAGAUCAGCUUCCGACCAAGACAGCAGCCCCGAAACUCAAAAAGCAACAGUUUCUUCAACCACAAUUUCCCCAGAAACUUUAAAGCAGGAGGCUUUAAGAAACAAGAAGUACAUGGAGCCUUUAUCGAUAGUUAUAGAUGUCGAAAACUAUAAGAUAGGAAUCGACGCGUCACCGAAGCGAGCUGUGGACUACUCAAUAAGACAGAAGUUAAAAAGAUCUGUGACGGAAACUAGUGGACCGCCAUUAAAAGUCUUAAGAAUAGAACCGGUAGAAAAACCUAUUGAGAAACUUUAUGACUUGACAACGCCUGAGAAGCGAGCGCCACCGAUCUACCCUAUAAAGUUAACAUUGCCUGAUAGCAUACCUAGUGUGGUAGAAAGGCCGUCUUUUGAGAGACCAGUCAGUUCUGUGAUCACGCAUACAGCGGAGUCUUUGGCGCAGUCUAGUGUGAAUCAGGAGAAGGCCCAGAAGGAAGCGGACACCAGUUCAAAGUCUCCGGGGCAGGGGACGUCUACAGAAAUGUGGCGGCCUUGGUGAUCAACCGUCUAUACUUGUAUCAGCAUAUCCAUCGGUAUACGCGUCCCAUUUGUGAAGAAAAGUCUAAAGUGCAAGGGGGUAAGGACCCUACCCUUAAUUGUUCGUAUGUCGGAACAUAGAUUCGUGUACGAUGACAGUAUUUGAAAAUUAAAAGUAAACAUGGAAUACGAAACGCUAUGUCCAGUAUUUUUUGUCGAUGAAAAAGGGUUAGAGAAAACAGUGAAGAGAUAAAAAUAGCAAUAUCAUUUAAGAUGUUUUUAUCGGCCAUUUGUAUGAACUAGGAUAAGUUUUUAUUAAUGUGUUAAAUCAGCUUUAAUUUACCUAU